AUGGAUGGGAAGCUUGGGAACCAGGUUCGGAACGUUCAUCUUCGUCAUGUUGCAUCUUCAUCUCAUGCCAUAUCAGCUCGUCAUUCAAGUUUCAUCCUAACUCUGAUAGAUAACAAGGAGCUAGUCAAAAACCCAUCAGAGGAGUUCUGUCCUGGUAAAAAGACGAAGAAAGAAUCAAAAAAGGCAAUUGUCAAAUUUAAUGAGACAUUACAAGAUUCAUCUGAAGAAGGAGGGAAUGAAGAAUUAGAAGGUAACAUAGAAGAAUACGAAGCCAGCAAUGGACAAGAAGAUCAAGCAAGCAGUGGAGAAGCAGAAGCUAGAAAAGAAAGUAAAGAAAUAGAAGCAGAAGACAAAGAACAAAAUGAACAGAAAGAAGAAAACAGUAAAGAAGAAGAUAAACAGCAAGAAGAAAAUAAGGAAGAAAGUGAUGAAGAAGAACGUAAUAAGCCGAUGGACCAACAACGUGAUAGCAUUUGUGACUCAACAAUGCAUCAGCCUCAAGAAUCUGAGGAAUCAAAGGAUGCCCAAAUUGCGGAUCUACGUCAAAGACUAAAGGCACUUUCUCAAUCUAAAAAAGAAGAAGAGAGAAAUUGGAUUGAAUUACUUGCUUAA